AUGAAGGCAGGUUACCAAGUGGUGGCCGUCAAUGAGCUCCUCGCGCUCGGCGCAGCGAAUGUGGGUGGUGCCAUGUGCGGUGCGGUCCCAACUCAAAUCGGCCUCAGCCGGAUGGGAAUUGCCAGUGCCAUUGGGGUGAGGAGCCAGCUAGGUGCGAACAUAUUUGUGGCCUGCGUGAUUGCGGUGAUCCUUCUACUGCUGAGUCCAUACAUCUACUAUGUGCCAAGGUGUGCGCUGAACAUCAUUAUCAUCUUGGGGGCGUCCUCGCUCACAGAGUUCAAUCAUGCCGCAUGGCUGUGGUCUUUGCGGUCAACACGCACGCGCCAGCGAACAUAUGUCGUGGACUAUGCUGUUUGGUGGGUGGCCUUUCUCUUCACGCUCUACCUCGGAGCCUUAAAAGGUAUCCUCGGUGCCGUGGUCGUGUCUUUGGUGUUGAUUGUGUACCAAGUGGCUGACCCACCCAUCACAACUUUGGGCUACUGCGAAGAGCGUGGGCGGUGGUUGAAUGUCAAGGAGAGGAAAGACACUACACAACGGCUGGGGAUUCUUUCAUUCCGUCCGGAGGGCCCGCUUUUCUAUGCCAACGUGGAACGCAUGGAGGAGUGGCUCGACGAAAUGGAGAUUUCCGCCAGUGCUGAGGGAAAGCCGCUGAAAUCCAUCAUCCUUUCGGCGGCAUCCCUGCCUUUCAUGGACACUUCUGCAGUUGAAGCCCUAGGGAUGAUGCUUGAGGCAUAUCGCAAGCGGAAGAUAGCGUUCUUGAUCGCUCAUGCCUCUGGCCAGCCACGGCAGAUACUGCUGCAUGUUCUAGGCGAUUACAUGCCGGAGGGUUGCCUCACUACUCCUUGGACGGUGGAGGAAUGCGUGCAGUUUCUCUUGCGGCAGAACCAGGAGAACCUUCAGGUGCCCGAUGAGUCGUCUGGUUCCUCACCGGCGCUGUCUGCCAUGCUCUCUCCACAGGUCCGAAGUAUUCCUCGUGUGACAUCCAUCCCACAACAACUCGCAGUGGACGAGGAGGAACUUGAUGAACAUGAAGAUGGCAAGCGCUUGCAAGUUCGGCCGCUUCGUGCCUCCGCGGACUUUGCCUCCAGUUCGAACCUCCUGUCCUUGCCGGUGAAGUGA